GCUGCUGCAGCCCUGCCCGCCGCUGCCGGCGGGGCUCGGCUCCGCUCUGCAUCGCAUCUCAUCGUAUCGCAUCGCAUCCUAUCCUUUCCCGCGGCCGGGAGGAGGUGCCGGGCCGCUCCGCGGUGAAGGAGGAGGAAGGCGGCGGGGGGCUGCGGGCUCGCCUCGCCUCGCCGCGGCCGGCGCCGAGCCAUGCCGGGGGGCGGCGGGCGGGCCGGGGGCGAGCGGCAGCCUCGCCCCGCCGGGGGCCCGGCGGGCACCGACGCUGCGCCGGCUGGGGGAUGAAGAUGAGACGCCAUAAGCUCUUUCUGACUCUCUGCAUGGCUGGUCUCUGCCUCAUCUCCUUCUUGCAUUUCCUCAAGGCCCUUUCCUAUGUCACCUUCCCCCGGGAGCUGGCUUCGCUCAGUCCCAACCUCGUCUCCAGCUUCUUCUGGAACAAUGCCCCCGUCACCCCUCAGGUCAGCCCUGAGCCAGGGGCUGCAGAGUUCCUCCGCACGCCCCUCUACUCCCACUCCCCCUUGCUCCAGCCCCUGCCCCCCAGCAGAGCCAGCGAAGAGCUACACAAAGUCGAGUUUGUGCUGCCAGAAGACACCACAGAGUAUUUCGUCCGUACCAAAGCUGGCGGCGUUUGCUUUAAACCGGGUACCAAGGUGCUGGAGAAGCCUCCCGUGGGAGGGCGGCCAGAGGAGCGAGCGGAUGGCGCAGCCUCCGGGCGGCCGGCUCGCAAGCCGCUGAGCGCCGGCGGGACCAAGCGGCGCAAGUGGGUGGAGUGCGUGUGCCUGCCGGGCUGGCACGGCCCCAGCUGCGGGGUCCCCACCGUGGUCCAGUACUCCAACCUGCCCACCAAGGACCGCCUCGUGCCGAGGGAGAUCCCCCGGCGGGUCAUCAACGCUAUCAAUGUCAACCACGAGUUCGACCUGCUGGAUGUUCGCUUCCACGAGCUGGGAGACGUGGUGGACACCUUCGUGGUGUGCGAGUCAAACUUCACUGCCUACGGAGAGCCGCGGCCCCUCAAGUUCCGCGAGAUGCUCCUCAACGGCUCCUAUGACUACAUCCGCCACAAGGUGCUCUACGUCUUCCUGGACCACUUCCCCCCCGGGGGCCGCCAGGACGGCUGGAUCGCUGACGACUACCUGCGCACCUUUCUCACCCGGGACGGCAUCUCUCGCCUGCGCAACCUGCGCCCGGACGACGUCUUCAUCAUCGAUGAUGCCGAUGAGAUCCCUGCCCGCGACGGUGUGCUCUUCCUCAAGCUCUACGAUGGCUGGACGGAGCCCUUCGCCUUCCACAUGCGCAAGUCGCUCUAUGGCUUCUUCUGGAAGCAGCCGGGCACCUUGGAGGUGGUCUCGGGCUGCACCAUGGGGAUGCUCCAGGCCGUCUAUGCUACCGACGGGAUCCGUCUGCGGCGCCGCGAGUACUACACCAUGCCUGGCUUUCGGCAGUACGAGAACAGCACGGGACACAUCCUGGUGCAGUGGUCGCUGGGCAGCCCCCUCCACUUUGCUGGCUGGCACUGCUCCUGGUGUUUCACCCCAGAGGGGAUCUACUUCAAACUGGUGUCAGCCCAGAAUGGGGACUUCCCCCGCUGGGGGGACUACGAGGAUAAGCGAGACCUCAAUUACAUUCGGGAGCUGAUCCGGACUGGUGGCUGGUUUGAUGGCACUACGCAGGAGUAUCCCCCUGCCGACCCCAAAGAGCAGAUGUAUGCUCCCAAGUACCUGCUCAAGAACUACCAGCGGUUCCGCUACUUGUUGGAGAACCCCUACCAAAAAGCAGAGGGCACCGGGUGAGGCCACUGUGGUUUGUGUAGGAAACUGGAACUUCACAACAAAGGGAAAGAGUUGAGUCUUUUCAUCUGUUCUGUUCUUUGGUUUUAUUUCUGGGUGGGAUGUGCCAUUCCUCUGGGGUCUCUGCCCUCCCUCCUUUCCUUCUCUUCUUCCCUUUGUCCCACGGUUACCCUGGGGACACAAAUUCCUCAGUCAUGUGAAGGGCAGGAAGAGGAGAGAUGUUGGGGACCUACUCUGGCAGUAGCAUAAAGACUUCCCCGCGUCUCCUGGACCCCUCCUGCUGCUGGAGAAGAAUCUCUGCAGCCAGCUGGCAGAUUUUCCUCUGGGGGAGGCUGGGAGGGUCUCCACAGGGAGGGAAGGCAGCUGUUCCUGUCCGCUGUGUCCUUUGUGGAUGGG